UCUUUUUAUAACAAAAUAUUUAGAACAAACCAAAACAUAGUUUAAGUCGUUGAAGUAUGGAGGACAGCGGCAUAGAUAGUGAGGAUAGACAGUCGAAUAUAUAUGAGGAUGGUGCAGCGGGUUUGUUGAAAACAGCCAGUGGAGCGCCCAAACAUAUGUCGGAUCUGGAGUUUGAGGUGGCAUUUAGGGGUGCCAGCAAGGUAUAUGCGCCCACGACCAUUGAAAUCGAUGAAGAUAGGGCUGCACGAGGGACGGAGCGCAACGAACCGCCAAACACCUGCCGCAUACUGCAACGAAAACUAGAACUGAAGGUCGAGCGUGCCAGGCGCAAUUAUACACAGUUUCAGGAGGAGCAGGCAACUAAAACACAAGCGGCAACACUUAUACCUAUUAAUCGUUUGCCCAUUCCGGGCGAACAGGAGCAGAAGCCGCUGGUCGAUUAUAAGUCUGAGAGCAGCGAUGAGGCGGAGGAGAUAUCCUUCUUUCCUGCACAGCUGAGGCGUGCCAAACGACGUCAGCAGAAUCACGAACUUACCGACACUUUUAGCAUUCAGGAGAUGACCAUCGAGUCGGAUCUGGACUCCGAUGACAGCGGUGGCACGCAGAAUCUGGAACUACUCUUGCCCUCCAUGAAAUCAAAUAUGUUGGAUAAGUUGAAGAGCUGCUUUGGCUGCUGUCGGCGCAGGUAAUGCCAGGAGACGCGGCAGAGCAA